AUGUUUUACUUUGAACAUGACAUGUGUCAUACUGUAUACUUAAUACUAUUGUUUACUACAUUAGUCAAAUUUACUGUAUCACAGACAGUUGGUCCAGCUACUAUCCAGCCACCUUACAGUAGAGUGAAUGAUGGCCAUCAUGGUAUAAACUUCGAUCUGAACAGGGUCAGCCUCCAGUCGUCGCCGAACCCUCUGAAUCCAAGUAAUUUGUUCUUUCUGAAUACGGCGACAAAUGCACAGCAACCUGGGAUCACGACAAUUCGAAAUGAACAAGGGUUCUUGAUGAACCAAUCGCCAAGGAUAACAUACCAACAUUUAAGGGAAAUUGACUGGACUCAAGUUGAUCGGCGGAGCGAGGAAGGUGGGUUUUGUUUGGCAAGUGUAAGAUCAACUGUUUUUGUUAUUAAAAUAAUUUGUAUGUUUGUAAAGAAAAAUUUAGAUAUUAGUGCUAGUUUCUUGAUUUGAAGAUAAAAUUACAGUAGUUGUUAGGCGGCAUUUAUGGGAUUUUAAAGUAUAUUGUUGUAGGCUGGUGGCACUUGUAUCCAUUUGGAGAACGUUACUUUGAUCGCGAAACCUCAAAUCGUCAUGGAAUGGACAAACAGAUUGAUCUCGACUUCUUCUUGCCUUACUAUGGAUAUCGCUUUAAUUAUACUUUUGUAUGUUUUUAUUGUUUACAUUAGCUGAUUUAAUGUAUUCGCAUGAAUAAUGUUUUAAAAUUAAUCUUUGAAGCUUCAAAAAUAUGGAGAUAUGAAAGACUAAAGUAUGAAACAUUACUGUUACCUAAAUAUUAUUGUUUCAGAGUUUUAUCUUUUAAUUUUUCAGAUUUUCAAUGAAGGAUUUGUGGCAUUUUCUUAUCCAUCCUUUAUCCAACCUCCCUAUACCUUUCCAAACCCAAAAUGGCCUAAUCAACCUGAUCCUUCAUUGAUAGCUGUGUUCAUGGCUGAUCAAGUUAAACAAUAUGUUGGAGAUACCAAAAUCAGCAAUGUCUGGUUUAGAAUUGUCGAGAGGUGAGUUAUUUAUAACAACAUGAAUAUGUCUUCAAGUCUUUUUUUUAACAACGCGAAUAAAUCUUCAAAGUGAAAUUUAAGUUUUUUCUGGUUUUAAAUUUAAAUUUUUAUCAUAAUAUUAUCCUGGAUUUUGCUAAAGUAUUGUAGUAAGUGUAAAUACAAAAACCAUUUUUUACAAAUGUUAAUUGCUUUUCAGACCACCAUCCCUGAUCGGCUACAACAAUUUGAACAUCGACUGGUUUCAACAGCACCACAAUCAGCCCAACAAUCAGCCUCUGGGCGUCUACAAUUAUCAGAAUGAUCCGAGGUACUAAGGGUUCGAUUAUAUUGUAGUAUAUUUAAAUUGUUUUAUGUUUUAAAAUUAACUUUAUUAUAUUUUUUAUUUUUUCACUGUGUAGUUUGUUUUAUAUUUUAGGUUUUACCGUACUUACCGCGGCCAACAGCUGAAGACAGAGAUAGGCAGAGUGGAAGAUCCAGAGUUUCUAGACUUGAUCACAAGGUCAGUUCAAGGUUUUUUAAUCGAAUUUUUAAUAGUAUUUAUGUCUUGAUUUGUAAAAUACGAACUGUUUUUUUAAUAGUUUAGAGUUAUAUUGAUAAUGUAAAUAAAAAUUAACAUUUUUAGUGACAUACGACAUGCCAUGGUAGGUGCGAGAGGAUGGAAGGCUGAUUAUGCUUUGAUUGUCACAUGGGAAAGAAUGGCAUACGGUGGAGCACCGAAGAUCACGAAGGUGGAUCAGUACGAGAAAGCGAAGCGAUGGGUAGGUUAAUAUAAAUAUAAAGCAAAGGUUAAUAUAAAUUUAAAAAUUUGAUCACAGAUGCAUCAAAAGGUCGUUUUUAUCAUUCAUCAUGACUACUUCAGCAAAACACAUAUCAGAUGGUAAUAGCCACUGACGAGAUCCGCACCUACACCAUGUUCAACUUCGCCAACAUCAACUGGACUUCGUCAGCUGAAGCUGGAGCUCUGAUCGGAGGUCGAGGAGGUAAACAAAGUGCUCUGGUCGGCUUUAAUGGUGGUAACGGUACCGGCUACUUUGAGUUACCGUAUAGUGCUGAUGGAAACUCGUACAAACUGGUACAGUAUGGUGCUGCUCAGAGUGCAGGCAGAUGGCUGGCACGAGUGGAUGAGCAAAUACAGUACGGAGGUUGCAGUAACGAGAGUCGUGGUACGUUGGAGACAUCCCAGCAGUACGGUAACAUGCUGGGAGGGUUUGCUUUAAAUGUGUCGGGACCUUGUUAUCGACCGACUGAUAUCCUCAAGCUGCAGUUCGAUGAGUUGACGAUUGAUUGUGAGAGGGUAGGUGGUGUUGAGAUUGUCAUAAAGUGUUAUUUUGUACUGUUUCUUAAUACAUGGUAAGAUGGACAUGUAAUAUUAGGUUGCGCCUUUAGAUUGACAUGGUGAUAGCACGAUGUGUCAUACCUGUAAAUCAAGUGUUCCGCACAGGAUUGGUUGAGUUAAGGCUUUCAGUCGAUGGAGGCAAGAAUUAUCCCUGGUGGAACAAGUUUUAUGUCUGUAAGUAUACUUUAAUUUACUAUUAAGCAGACAUUUUUUAUUAUUGAGCCGUAUAAAUUGUUACAUAACAACACAUUUUACAUUGGUUUACAUAGUUAAAUACUCUUUCAGUGCAACCAGGGCUAGCACGACGUCGAGUUAACCUCGUGAACGAUGCUCGCGAACCUCGAAACAAUUGGAAUGCAUUUGAUGCUCGGAAUCUGACAUUAACAUGGGAACACGAGAACAUCACUGCUAACUACAAUGCCGAGAUUGACAUUGCUUUGUAUGGGUAUUGGGAAGAUGUGGAAGGUCACAGCCUGAAACAGGUCGGCUACAUAGCUAGAAGAACUGCUAAUCUGGGGACUUUUACGUUUGAUCCUCAGACAUUGAAGUAUGUUUUACGUUAAGAUAAAAGUUUUAUGUUUGUGGUAGAAUAAGCUGUUUAUAUUUAGUUAGUAAUCCUCAAGCUACUACAAUGUAUUGUUAAGUGAACAAGUAUAUUGUGCUAUUUACUACAUAUUGAAGGAACCUUACAUGACAAACCUUCUCAAUAUAAACUGUCAAGCUAACAUAACUUGUUUAGAAAAGACCUGGAAGGAGAUCCCCAAGCCUUCAGAUUCUACCACGGUGGACUGAUUCAAGUGAGAGUAAGUGAGAAUUGGCAGAACGAUCGUGGGGAUGGUCUCUACUGGUCGUCGCCGGUAUCGUUUGGAUGGUUUUUCAAAGAACAAUGGGAGUAUCAAUAUGGAAGAGAUUGGGCGAUGCACUUGUGUCAGGAGUGGUACGACUACGACGGGCGGAGAGAGAACUUUGUCAUGGAGCUGGAACCCAAAAGUAAGAAUUUAGUUAGCAACUAUGGCUUUUUACCGUAUCAGUUAUGUUGAUUUAAAGUUUAUUUGGCAAAAUGAUAAAUAAUGUUUUUUAAAUUUACUUCAUGUUAUGUUACAGUACCAUGCCCGUGUACGUUAGAUCAGGCUCUGAUGGAUAUUGGCAGAUUCACAGCGUUACCAGACUGUGAUCAGGAAGGUGAUCACAGAUGUUACUAUCACCAAGGAGCCAAGCAUUGUGUUCUCAGCACUUUCUCUGUGUACGUUUACGUUCUUUUGAAAACGUUAUAAUUACUGUAUUUUAUUGAUUUUGGUACUUUUUUGUAUCGUUAUCAUUUGAUAAUGAAUAAAUAUACAUUGUCAAACUAAGUGUUUUAUUUUAGCUGGACUGGAGCGGGUCAAGUGUGUUGCUACGACUACAAUGGAUGGUUAAUGUUUUCUGAUGACUUUGAGUACAACGACCAGUACCUCCGCUUUUAUUCGGCCGGUGUACCGUACAGGUAGGCAAUGUGUAAUCCUAUUGUCGACAUAGCUAUAUUUAAAAAGCUAUGUCUUAAUUUGCUUAUGCAUUUUACUAUUUGACACUUAAGAGCCCACCCAUGGGGAGCUUUUCCGUAUAAACGACCACCGUAUGUACCUACCUUGUCCAAUUUGUACAACGACUUGUUACCGUAUGAUUACUGCUGCAAAUGGGCUGGACAUUGCGAGUUUUACUUUUGGCGGCGACAGACCUCAACUUGUCAAAUGUACAAAGCACCAACACUAGGUAUAUUGACGUACUAAUUAAAAUAACUAUGUUAACUUGAUUUAAUGGUAUUGCUUUAGCGACAAUAUACGGCGGAAAUCACAUCAGCACAUACGAUGGAACAAGGUACACUUUCCACGGUAAAGGGUACUACAUUCUGAGUAUGAUGAAGAGUCCAGCACACGAUCUUAUGAUACAGGGAAGAUUGGAGCAGCCGCCUAAAACCAUAUGUAUGUCUUUACCUAUUCUUUUGUAUUUGGAUGUUAGAAUACAUAGUAACAAUUUACAUAAGUAUGUUUUGAUUUCCAACUACUGUAUUUAGGGGACACAGAAGUGAGGUCGACAGUAUUAACUGGCUUAGCAGCUAGAGACAACCAAAGCUCGGUAGUCCAGAUAUACGCUCGCAAAGACUUCAGAAGGUGGCGCUACAAGACUGACAUAUACGUAGAUGGCUACAGAGUCUACUUUGAUAUGCCGUGGAAGAAGAUUCAGACUUUCCAAGGUAAUAUACGAUCAAACUUGAGCAGAUAAUAACAUGGGUUAUUGAUUUCUUUUCUACAUUACUUAUUACUAUGUAUCAUAUAUAUUGUAGGUGUAACUAUUCGUAAUCCACCUCGAAACAUGAACCAGAGUGAGAUUGACAUCAUGUUCACUACUGGAGUUGGUAUACGAGUGGUUGAAAGUCGUGGUAUCUUGAAUGUUAUGAUUUCAUUGCCAGAGAACUACAAGGAAGUCAACGCUGUAAGUGGUAAUAGUUGGUAAAAUACGUUGACUUGAGUCAUACUUUGGUUGUAUAUGUACAUAUGACGUUGGCAACUAAUUAUAGACUCAUUUUUCUUAAACUUCCUGUAGUUCUAUACCUUAUAAUAUAUAUGUUUACAGCGCAACUUCUACCGUGACUACUACCAUACGAAAGACAGAUACGGCUACAACGACUACAUCGAGGAUCCCUUCCAUCGACAGGAAACUUCAUGGUCAUUUGCUUCAAUAUUCAACUUGAAGACAACCACAGUAUCCCCGUUACAGUUAACACCGUACAAUAAGUGUUCUACUCAUUACAGAACGGUGGGAUUAUUAGGCACUUACAAUGACGACAUACGAGAUGAACUAACAUCACCCGACUGUUUCAAUAUACAGACACAGUAUCCACAGACGGCCGAGGAGUCGAGGAGGUUGUACUACAUGUUCGGAGAGAAAUGUAAGGUUAUUACGGUAGCUAGGAUAUCUACUUUGUCUUACAGAAAACAAUUUUAAACGUCUAAACUGUUACUGCAUAUAAUAUAAUGUUCAGAGAUCGUACAAGUAUUUUAUGUAGUUUAACAGUGAAAUUCUUAUGUAAUAUGAUUGCAGGGCGUCUUGAUCGUAACUUGAAUGUGCAUAAGCUGUUCCAAAGUGACAUUACUCCCAUUUACAAUCCUCUCAGCUUCGCCAAUCAGCUAUAUGUACCUGUAUUUGAUCCCUGGAAGGAGGAGAAGAACCAUUCCUUCCAGUCUUUCGUCUUCAGUUUGGAGGAAGUCAAGGUAUGUUUGGUUUUACCAUAUAAGAUCCAUGCUUAUUACAUUUACAGACUGACUAUAUUUUAAAUUACUGUAAAGUUAUUGCUGAUAUAUUUAUUAUUAUGAACUAUAAUGUCAUUGCUUUAUGUUUUUGUAGGUGGAUUGCCAAGGCCAGCCAUCUUGUGAGUCGGACUAUCUGAUGAUGGGACGUCGCGAGUUUGGUCUCGACACUCUCGACUUUGAACGAAAAUUCGAAAAAAUAAAGGAAAAGGGGGAACAUCCAGGUAAGGUGAAUAUCAUGGAUAAGGCAACAUCAUAAUAAAAUUUGAGUCCCGGAUUUAUAUCCACAUUUCCUUCUAUUUACUUUUUGACCGACUUAAUGUUCAUUUUGUGACUUUGUUAAUUACAGUAACCAGCUGUGGCCCCCUUGUGAAGAACCCAGGAGUAAUCAAAUACCCGGCUGGCAAUAACUACCUGGAAGGGGUUACUGUAACAUUCACCUGCAAGCCAGAGUACUUUUUGCAUGGAGAUGCCCAGAGGACUUGUGUUAAUGGUACCUGGUCGCCCGGAUGGUGGGUAUGGUGCCGGUGUAAGUUACUGUAGCUUCUCGUACCUAGCAUUGCUGGUAGUAAUAUACCUACUAUUGAUGGUAGUAAAAAUCAUAUUUCAACAUACAUAAAUUGAGCAUUUUAAAUGCAAUUUGCAUUCAUGCACAAUGUUUUACAUGCCUAAAUAUCAAUAUAUUGUUGUAGCGAGAUCAGAAGAAUACGCAUUGAAAUGGAUGUGUGGUAUCUUGAGUUCAGUAGCUAUUAUGUUGGCUAUCGUGUUCGUAUUCUCAGCGUAUAUUAUGAAAGGCAAGGAGAAACAACAAGAGUUUAUUGAUAAGAAGUAUCCGGUAGUGUAAGUCUUCAUAUUAAUAUCAAUUUACUGUAAUUUACAGACUACAAAAGCUCACUAACACUGGGUAAAAUAAUAUAUCUAUAGAUAUAGUGAAUAAUAUAAAAUCCGGACUUCAGUAAACUAAACUCCACCAUUCCAGCAGCUACAUCCCCAGCCCAGAAACCCCGAUCCCAGUCCUAAAAGGACUGAACACAUCAGUCUAA